AACACGGAUCCCACAUCUGGUUGCACCGCUAUCAUUACUGUUAUUUCCAGCAUCCUUCUAAUGUCAUAGCGUCUGCAGGGUUACAUGUUUCAUCCAUUCCAUUAAUUUACAUUAGUUUAACGGAUUCAUCAGAGCGUUAUGCAAUUUAUGUAAACCGGAAAGACAAGACGGGCUGACGGUGUGUGGCUCAUAUAUUUAGUUUGCUGGUUCCCAUGGGCAGUGUUCUGGCCUUGUCAUCUCGCCCAGGGCGUCAGAACUCCCCAUUUCCCCUGGACAGACCCCUCGCCCGCUGGGACAGAAGAGAUGGACGGCUUCCCAACCCAGGAAGCUUUGAUGGCUUGCAUCGCAGCUGUAAAGAUGUAUUUCCACAGCAAAUUGAAGGUGUUAAAAUGAUUGUUAACAAGACUCUAAGCAGCUUUUUUAAGGUUAAUCAUACAUUCCACCUUAGUGCUAUUGCGCCAUCAUGUUAUCGCUUUCACGUAGAAUAUCUACAGACAGACGGUGACAGUAAAGAAAAGGACAGCCCUAUGCUGAUUGGUGAAAUGGAUUCAUCAAAUAGCUUAAAUGCUCAUUCGCUACUUCAUCUGAGUGACCGAAUAAGGGCCAAAGCUGUGUUUCAGACCCAACAGUCCCAGUUUGUUACAUGGCAGUUUGAGACUGAAUACAGGGGAAGUGACUUUACAGCUGCUGUCACCAUGGCUAACCCAGAUAUUCUAAGAGAGUCAGUCAUCAUGGUGGCACACUUCCUCCAGAGUGUCUCUUCUCAGCUCGUUCUGGGGGGUGAACUGGUAUACCACCGUGGAAGGGCCGAAGAAGGUGGCAUCCUCACACUAGCUGGGCAGUAUUCAGGACCCAACUGGGUGGCCACACUGAAUGCUGGGAAGGGGGGCGCACAUGCAAGCUACUACCACAGAGCAAAUAAACAGAUUCAAGUUGGAGUGGAGUUCGAGGCUAGCACCAGGACACAGGAAACAACUUUCUCAUUUGGCUACCAAAUGGAACUUCCAGAAGCUAAUAUGAUCUUCAGAGGUAUGGUAGACAGCCGGUGUAUCAUGGGUGGAGUUCUAGAGAAGCGCUUGUACCCUCUGCCUGCCACUCUAAUCAUGGGGGCCUUUUUCAACCAUCGCGGCGAUAAGCUUCAGGUCGGCCUUGGUGUAAAUGUUGGCUAAACAUGGACCCUCAGGCUUGACAACUCUUCAGCUCCAUUGCACACUGAAUUGGCAGAUUUGACCAAUGAACCUCUUGUAUACAAACAACUCUACCGGAUGCCUGGAUACCUGAAGGCAUUUGGCCAGGGCUGCAAUUCAGAGCAUUCAACACUGGGAAACUAUCUGGACUACUGGAGCCAUAUUGGCUAUAUGCAUAUGUACCCCAAAGCAUAUGGGUGUCCAGAACGUGGACUGUUGGUCAAACUCAGGGUGCUGUGUCUGCAGAGAGGUUUGCUGUGCUGUGGUCACUAAUAGACACACACUCAUAAAGAAUUACCACGCAUUGGUGUUGUCACACAGACAGUUCUGAGCGUCAGAGUAUGUUUUCCCCCUUUUUAAGUACACUUGGUUAAGAGCUACAGAAAGAUUCUGUGGUUUCUCAAUCCCCUUCCGAGAGUACAUACAUAAAUAUUCCUGACAUUACUGAAUACUUCAAUACAAAAUGAUUCAAGGUUCUCUCCUUAAAGAUAAUUUGCAUUUUUUUAAGAUGGUAUGUGUAAGCAAAAUGUUGUACAGUUUAGAAAUAUAGAAAUAAUUAUAAAGGAACACAAUACUAAGCCAUACUAAGAGUGCACAUCCCAUAUGUAUGACAAAGUAUAAUACAUAUUUGAUCGGUCUGUCAGUCAGUCUGAAGCAACUUUAUUGUUCUUUAUGGAGUAAGCUAUGUAUGGUGAGUGGGAUUCUCAUUUGGAAUUUAAACAUAAUGUUGCACUACGUGAGUUGGUAAUGUUUGUUUUUGAAGUUGAAAGCUAUAUCGCUAUGUUUAGGGCCCAUUUUCACAGGAAACAGUAUGUCUCUGAACAAAGCCUAAAUGUAUAUCCUUGUUGCCACAGAAAUAGAAAUAUUUUGAGAUAUAUGCAUACUAAAUGGAACAUGCACUAAUUAUUGUGUAACAUGUACAUGCUUUUUAAAUUGAUUUAUUUAUUUGUUUUUACAGUGUAAGUAAUGUAUUAGCAUAAUUACUAAUACAUUUGGCUAUAUUUGGAUUACUUGAAUCUGACAUAAAAGAUAUGUUGAACUAAUUUAUUUUAAAUAAACAAUAUAACUUAUUCAAUCA